AUGUUUCAUCUAGCGUCAUCUUUAUACACUCAAUACACCAAACGAGAGCAAUAUAAUGUCCUUAUCCUUGGGUUAGACAAUGCCGGGAAAACGUCGUUUCUCGAGCACAUAAAACUACUAUACCCGUCAGCCACUGCAUCCUCCUCCGAAAAGAAAUCGCACAGUUUAACUGCUAAUAUGAAUAACGGUAGCAGUGGAGACUCCAAUGAUAAUAACAGCACUGAGGGAGGCGCUCAGCGAUCAACAACGUCGAUCUUAAAGUCAAAACGAAUCUUGCCGACAGUGGGCCAGAAUACUACCACAAUUAAGUUCGAAGCUUCCGAUAAACUGUCACCUUUUGCAUCGCAGUUUAAAAAUAUCAAUUUAAAAUUUUGGGAUCUAGGGGGGCAAAGAUCGUUGCGAAACAUGUGGUCGAGAUAUUUUAAGCAAUGUCAUGGCAUAAUAUUCAUUAUUGACUCCACUGAUACUGAACGAUUUCAAGAAUGUUAUGAAACUUUAAUUGAAAUAGCCCAUGAUGAUAGUUGGCUUUUAGGGGGAGAAAAUGACAGUGGAGAAUCCAAUCUCGAUCAGGAACAAAGUAUAGGAUUGGACGGCACUGUGAAUGUUCCUAUUCUAAUGCUUGCAAAUAAGCAAGAUUUGCCUCAAGCUGUUGAUUUGGUGAGUUUGAAGACGGGUGUGUUUAUUAAAUUGGUGAGCGAGUUGGAAGCCACUGAUUCGAAACUAUUGCCUGUUAGUGUGUUGGAAAACCAAGGGUUGAAGGAAAGUUUGGAGUGGCUAGUAACCCGCUUGAUAUACAACAAAAGUAACAAGGUUCCCCAAUAUAGCUAA